UGGCGACUAGCAGCAACCCGGAAGUAUACCUUUCAGGCAACAGCUGGGGGGAAGCGGCCAAUCGACGAGGGGGUCCCAUACCUGCUCGCUUCCUCUCCAAGAUGGCUGAUCUGAACCGGCAAUUGCAGGAGUACUUAGCUCAAUCCAAGGGUGGCGGCGGCGGCAGCAGCAGCAGCUCGGCACUCCUGCCGGCGCCUCAAAUCCCACUGCGUGAUGAGGCGGAGCCGCCUGGGUCAGGCUUGGGGGCUUGGCUCGGGCGGAUGAACCCCUUCCCCGCGACGGAAACAUGGCCGUGGGCAGCCGAGCCGGAGCCGGAUCCCUGGCUGCCGACCGGUCUGUCCCGUUGGCAGAGACUGGUGGGGAGCGCGCUGUGCUUGCUGCUGGCCGUGCUCUGCUUCGGCCUCGCCACCCUCUAUGGGUCGCUUUUGCUGCUCCGGAAGUUUGCGCUGCUGUGGUCCCUCGGCUCGGCCUUCGCAUUGGGUGCCGCCGGGUUCCUGCGGGGCCCCAGUCGCCUCCUGGGCGAGCCCGACCGCCGCGGCCUGGCCAUUCUCUACUUGGGCUCAGUGGGCGGCACCCUCUAUGCUGCUCUCGGGCUCCGGAGCACCUUGCUCACCACACUGGGAGCUGCAAUCCAGCUGGCCGCUGGAGGAGCCUAUUUGCUGUCCUCGUUGCCUGGCGGCUCUGCUGGGCUGCGUUAUGUCGGCGGGUUCCUGGGCGGUUUUGUACGGCGUCGUGUGUCCAAAACUCUGCCGGUGUGAAACGAGCCUGUUCCUGGACUUAAAAGAAAGCUGAGCUCUAUGGGAUGGAGCGCUGGCCCUUCAGAAAAGCAGCACACGGAACUGGACAAUGCAUGCCUGUGCUGUUCGAAGUGGCCAUUAAACUGAUCCUGGGAGGAAUUGUGCAGUAGUAGGAAGUUUCUUUGCUGUUUUAUCUUUUUGACUCUAGGACACCAAGGACAAAGGGGCACUCUGACUACAUAGCUAUCAUCUCCAAAAAAGUUGGACCGGAGAGACUAAUUGCAGCUGAGCAGCCCCCAACUGACUGGAACCAAUCAAGGGAAACUCCUCUAAAAAUUGGAGACAGUAAAAUAACUACAUGCCUCUCCAACUCCUUCAGAGGCAGAGCAGGAGAUAAGCUGGCUUAUAAAACAACAAGCAACUUUGGUCGACUUCCAUUCAGCUCUAGCAUAACAGUAUUUCCAACUGUGGCAUAACCUUUUGCCUUAUUAAAAACCAGUAUUAUAAUAUGUUCUGUUUAUGCAGAACUGGCUUAUCAAAUUCCUGUUUGGGUUGAUUCUAGAUAACACUUGCUAUUCAAGCAAUGAUUUAUGUCUGACUUAAUCAAAACUAUAGAACCACAGGGCUGCUAAAGUUAACUUCAGUCUGGUAACACAAAGACAAGUGCAAUAUAGACACUGGAGCCUAAUUCUGUGAUAACUGUUUAUGCUGUGAUGGUGACUUAAGGAAAUCACAAUAUAUGUGAGAAGACUAUGUUAGAGUAGAUUAUCAUAACUUCUCUAGGGCAGAUCCUCUAAACAAACUUUAACUCCUGACCACAGGAUUGUCCUUGGAAAUUGCACACAUACCCAAGUGGGCCUAGUUCUCCCUGCUAGAGUGUGAGAGGGAGAAUGAGCAAGCAAGCAAGCAGAGAUAGCUGCUCCUGUAAACAAUGGCUUCCACUAGCUUGCUCAUACUAGGUAGAUGGGCCCAGCAAGCUUGCCCUGAGUGAGGAAGCCAUGGCUGCAGUACCCAGUAAAAGUGUGAUCAGGUGAGUGAUCAAGAGGAUAAGAUGGCUUCUUGCAUGAGCAGCCACUUCUGCUUGCUUGUAUUAGGGAUGUGCACGGAACUGGGUGGGGGUGGUGUGAAGGCGGGUGCGCGCGCACAUCUUUAAAGGCAUGGGAGGGUGCACUUAUUCCUCCUUCCGCUUCCCCCCACUGCUGCUCUGUUGUUUUUUUUAAGUACACCAGGGUGGCAGUGUACCUCCCUGCCGCCCCCUUGCCUGCUUUACCGGAAGUAUCUGAUGCACCUGUGUGUGGUGGGCUUGUGUGCGCACCUGUGUCCACCCACCCUUGCCCUUAAAGAUGUACUCGCUCCACCUUCGAACUGGUGGAACUGCCUGCCAUAAAGGGCCUCCGAACCGUUCUGUGCACAUCACUAGCUUGUAUUUCCCUCUGGUUUAUUUGGUAGUGGAGGCUGGAUUCAGUCUGCUCUUCUGCACCACUGAGAGGACAAGCAAGUAAGCGGAGGCAGUGGCUUGUGCUUUCUUGGAGGGGCAGUGUUACAAAUCGUCCCCCUCAUGCUGUCCAGUGAGUGAACAAAAUAAGAGAAAGCACUGGCUGCUCCUGCAAGGAACUGCUCCCUUCUAUGGCUUCCAUGCUCAAGGAAGUCCUGCUGACCCCAGUCCUCCCUAUCUUGCAGAGAGAGAAUGUGAUCAGGCAAAGAUGGGAACAGCUACUGCCUCUUGUUCACGUAUGCUGGGUGGCACAGCAGGCCUAGUUCUUACUGUAGUAUCUCCCAAAGUAAAAGGCUAUAUGAGCAAUUGGAUACAGUGGUGGCUAUUCCUUUCAACCACCACUUAAGCAACUGUUCCUUUCAUUCUACCCUCUUAAGUCUGGGUAGAGAAGAUGGUUUUGUUGCUGCACAGAGCACAUGCUUUUCAUGCAGAAACUCCCAGGUUCCGGUUGUAUCUCCACAUAGGACUGGGAAAUAUCUCUGUCAGAAACAGGAGAGCUGGUGCCAGUCAAGUGUAGAGAAUAUAAGACAAGAUCAACCAAUAGUCUGACACAGUGUAAGGCAGCUUUAUGUGUUCAGCAGUGAGGCUCACCCCACCCACUGGACUCCAAACCUCCCAGAAGCUGUUGCCUCUCAGCAGCAGUUGGCAGGCCCUCCCAACAGCUUGUCCAUGUGUUGCUUUAACCUUCACAAGCUGCCUGUACUUGCUGCAGUUUUGAAGUGUUAAUACAUGGUGUGUAGGAUGCAGCAUCACACUCAAUACAGCAGGAUACUCUUUCUACAAGAGGCCACCAUGGUUUGUUUCUGGUGAAUUAGUGAGAAACGCAUUCAUUUCCCUUUAUAACUGCAAUCCAUAAACACACUUAGGGCCCUUCUGGCAUUCAAACAUUACACUUUAGCACAUACAUGUUAUAGAUCUUUGUAACUCCAAAAACAAGCAUUUGAAGCAGUCCUAUGCCUCUUUUGACUUGCUCUUAAUGUCCCUUGAAAUCAGUAAGCUAAGUAUUGAAAAGUGGUUUAGAGACUACAGCCAUAUUAGUAGAUGUUGAAAGCAAAACAUUUUGAGAACAGUGAAAUGAAACACAUGUAAUUAUCAGUUAAAGUAUAUAAUGCCUUGUUGUAAUAUGACUGCUAAUGUGGAUCAAUACUGUCGUAUACAAGUAAUGCAUCUUAUGUGGAAUAUGGAAGAAAGGAAGCGGAUUAGUUGCUAAUGUCUGAGGUGACAAUUUUGACCACUUGCAUAAAUUAGAGAGGAAUAUAGCCUAUUCAUACCUGUGUUUAUUCAAAAGCAAGCCCCAUCUUUCCUCCCAAACUAUGUGUAAGAUUGCAGCUUUGAGCUGUGAUUCACAGAUUAUCAAAAUGGCAUAUUGGUUUUUAAAUUGGCUGUUUUACAAUCUGUGGGCCUUAUUUGUCAUUUAAUAGAAGCAGAUUCUGGCAAUAGUUCUGAAUCAAAAUGGUGCUAAGUACUGUUAAAUUGUAUAAUAGAUAUUAUUUGACCAACAGUCUUAAUUGGACUAUUUAAAAUAGUCUUAACAUUUACAGAGCACAAUUAAACUCAGUGUAUGAAACAUAGGUAUUUUGUAUUAAAUGUGCUAAUCUAGAUUCUCUUAAGUACCAAGUUAGAGUUUUAGGGACAGAACAUGACAGUUCUGGUGGUAUGUUCUGUCCCUAAAAAUGUAACUUGGCAACUGAAACAGCUACAUCCAGUUUUUACAAGUUGUAUACUAAUACUUUGUAAAGUGCCAUGUACAAAUAUAGUACUACACUAUAAAUAAAUAAAACUACCGGG